CAGUGGCCUAAUGGAUAAGGCACUGGCCUCCUAAGCCAGGGAUUGUGGGUUCGAGUCCCAUCUGGGGAAGCUCUUUGCUGACGGAUUUCACACUUCAUUUUCAGUUUCUGUGCUGCAUGUGACUGAACAUCGACACAAACAUGACGAGCAGCGGCUUUUGUGCUUUAAUUCUCGCUUGUUUUGCUGCAACAGUGAGAAGCGACAAGCUGCUGAAGGCCACGGCGUACUGGGAUUCGACCCACAAGGCCGUUCUGCUGAAGGAGGGUGUUCUGGACCCGCAGGGCGACGCGUACGGUUACUAUAACGACACGCUGUCGUCGACGGGAUGGGGCGUGCUGGAGAUCAGGGCUGGAUACGGACAGACGGCGGAGCCGGACGACGUCACCAUGUUCACGGCGGGAUAUCUGGAGGGCUUCCUCACCGCGCCGCAGAUUUUCGAUCAUUACACCAACAUGUACCCGCAGCUGAUCCAGAAUCCCAAAACGCUGGUGGCAGUGAAGCACUUCAUGGCUAAGCAGGACGAGUGGUCUCGGGCUCAGGUGAAGCGUAACACCAGCGAUCCUCUGUGGAUUCACACGGGUCUGAUUCUGGCGCAGCUGGACGGACUGCAGGCCGGAGUGACCGACUGGGCCAAACAACACGGGAGGACGCCUCUGUCCCAGUUUGCCGUUCAGUUCCUGAAUGCGGUCGGUGAUCUGCUGGAUCUGAUCCCGGCGCUGGUUACCGGCGGGAAGCCUGGCUUUAGUCAGUAUAAAGCUCCUCCGAUGGGCCACUGCUCUGCACUCAUAAAGAUGUUGCCGGGCUUUGAGAACCUGUUGUUCGCUCACUCCAGCUGGUACACGUACGCCGCCACCAUGCGCAUCUACAAACACUGGGACUUCAGACUGAACGAACCGCAUACGGCCACCGGAAAACUCUCCUUCAGCAGCUACCCUGGGUUUCUGGUGUCUCUGGAUGAUUUCUAUCUGCUGGGCAGCAGUUUAAUGAUGACUCAGACCACCAAUAACGUCUUCAACACCUCGCUGUACUCCUACAUCACUCAUGCCAGUCUGUUCUCCUGGCAGAGGGUUCGACUGGCACACGCACUGGCAAGCACUGGAGAGCAGUGGGCCAAAACCUUCUCCAGAUACAACUCUGGGACGUAUAAUAACCAGUACAUGGUUGUGGACGUGAGUAAAGUGAAUCUGGGCAGCAGUCUGGAGGACGGAGCGCUGACUGUGGUGGAGCAGAUCCCGGGACUGGUGGAGUAUUCAGACCAGACGCAGACGCUGCGCAGAGGUUACUGGCCGUCCUACAAUGUGACCUUCCACCGUAAGGUCUACGAUCUGAGCGGAUACGAGCAGAUGUGGAAGGAGCAUGGCAAGGAUUUCUCCUACGACCUUUGCCCUCGCGCCAAGAUCUUCCGCCGCGACCAGUCGUCUGUCAGCGACCUGAACUCCCUCAAACACAUCAUGAGAUACAACAAUUAUAAGAGCGACCCGUACUCGCAGGGCGACCCGUGUAAGUCCAUCUGCUGUCGCAACGAUCUGCGGGAGCAUCAAGCCAGUCCCGGAGGAUGUUACGACACCAAGGUGACGGAUCUGCACAUGGCUCAGAAGUUCGUGGCGGAGGCGGUAAACGGCCCGACCACAGACGGAGGGCUUCCCGUCUUCUCCUGGGGGCCGUUCAACAGCACGUCCCAUCAGGGUCUUCCUCCGAAAUACAACUUCAGCUUCGUCCUGAUGCAGCCGCAGCUCUUCCACCCCUGAGGAUCAUGGGAUUUCACAUCCGGCCUGCUUUUGAACUGAUUCUCUGUCCGCCGUCUGACGCUGAAACCAAUCUGAACCUUUGAGUCUGUCGAAUCGCUGUUUAUUUUGAGCCAUGAAAUCCACACUAAACUCUACAGCUGCCAAUCAGUCCAGCACUGUUUACAUCUCUCUUGAUUGAUAGAUUGAGUAAAUCGUAUUGCUUUAAUGCUCGUUUCCACUACACAAGAUCAAAAAAACAACAUGCCUUGGUAAAUCAUAAUUGAUGCAAAUAAUAAAUGACAUAACUUGAAAUUAUGAUAUACAGUUUAUGAUAUAAACUGAAAUUGAGAUACUAAGUCAUAUUUAUGAGAUAAAAAGUCUAACGUACAACAUGCUAAAUCAUAAUUGUGAGGUAAAAAGGCUAAAUUAUGACAUACUAGGUCGAAAUUGACAAAUGACUUUUUGUCAAUGUUGACUUUUCAUCUCAAAUAUAACUUAUAAUUUCGACUUGAACUUCAUAAAUAUGACUUGCAUCUUUUUUUUUUCUCGACCCUUCACCUUAUAAAUGUUACUUCAUAAUUUUGACUUUUCAUCUCAUGAAUGACUUCGAAUGUUAAGAUUUUGACUUCUGUAAUAAUUAUGAUUUACCGAAGCAUGACUUUUUUUGUCAUAUGUGGCAGAAAUGGGUUUCCAUAUCUUACAUGCUUAAAGUGAGGACGUCAGCAUUUUACAUCUAGUCAAAGAUCCAAAUGAACGACACAAACAGAAAAGCAAAGUUUCUAAUGUAAAUGUUGGGACGUUUCUUACAUUUUCAGAUCUCUCCUCUCAGGGAAGGUGACUCCGAAGUGCCUUGUCUUUUAUCUUCAGCUCUGAAUGUCUGUGAGCAUCUGUCAAUCAGGAUGUUUGUAAUCUGUGCCGCAUGUGAUUUUCUCUUUUGAUUCAACCAAUGAAUGAAUGAACACAAGCUUCACUUCUCAGUCUUGAGUGUUUUUGCUGGACACAGGUUCACUAAUUCAGUCAGCUAUUCUGCACUUGUGCUCGACUGAAGCGUUUGAUCGGUACAAUUUUACUACAGUAAUGUUUGACCAAAGGAACUCCGAUAGCACAAAUAUCGAAGCUAAUCUCAAAAUUAAAUCAGAAUAUUUAUUGUAAAAAAAAUUCUGUAACAGCUGCCAAAAACUCCACUGUGAUUUGUGAUAUAUCUUCAAGGGGGGGGGGGUUGUUAAUAAUUGACAAACUUGCAAUUGUUGAGUUAAAUUGAGUUAUAAAGUCCAAACAAGGAGAAUUAAACUUGCAUUUGC